AUGCUUGAGCACGGCUUGCUGCCCACAACCAAUCAUCAGCCGGACCCACAAAAACGUCAGCAACAGCAACAGCAACAGCAACAGCAACAGCAACAUGAGCAACAUCUAACAACAACACGUCGCAGAUCCCGGGUCCAGCAACAGCAACAGCAACAACAACAGCAACAACAACAGUCGCAGGCGCAGGCGCAAUCGCAGGUUGCUUUGUUGCUGGAUCUGCCCAAGAUAAAAAUUGAAAUUGGUGCUGCUGAGCAGCAGCGAAAGCAGUCUCUAUUGCUGCCAUUGCCGCUGGCAGCAACGUCCACGCCCAAAGCCGCCACCUCAUCCUCCUCCUCCUCCUCAUCCUCGUCAUCCUCCUCAUCAUCGUCCAUUCUAAAGAGUUCACUGCUGAGCGGUGCAGCGGCUACGCUUGCCACGCUAACAGCAGCUGCCGAUCAGAUUGCGCGCCGAUCAGCAAUUGAGGCGUCGAUCAGCAACAACAGCAGCAGCAACAGCAACCACAGCAGUAGCAACACUGCCCCAAUAACAAUGACUAUGGCUGGCAAGGCGGCAACACACAGCAGCAGCAGCAGCAACACUAGCAGCAGCAGCAGCAACAGCUUAGAAGAGAGCAAAAGACUUGAACAUCAACAACACCAUCAGCAACAACAACAUCAGCAGCAUCAACAGCAACAACAUCAGCAACAAUAUACAUCAAUUCUACAGUCGGCCCUAAUGUCACAACGUCCAAUGGUAGUUGCCAGCCCGUCGUCAACAACAGCAACUGCAACAGCAACAUCGGCAGAUGUAACAUCAUCAACAGCAACAACAAGAACAACAACGACAAUGACAACAGCGGCAACAUCACCGCCACCAGCGCAUGUGCUAAAAACUGCGGUGACAUUGGCCAGUCUAAGUGAAAUUGCCACUGCACGACAGCAACAGCAAGAAUUGCUCGCGCUGCAGCAGCAGCAGCAACAGCAACAGCAACUGAAAUUGCCUUGUAGGAUUAUCAAUUUGAGCAGCAACACUACAACGGGUCCAGGAGCAAUAACAAUUACAGCCAAGCCGCUGCUGCGACAAAGGAACAGUAACAACAGCAACUGCCACAACAGCAACAGUUCAAGUCAAUCAGCAAAUGGUAAGCAGCAACAUAGUAUGUGAAAAAUGCAUGUAGCUAAUUUGAAAUACCAAUUGG